AUGGCUGCGGUCGGGCAGGUGUUUGCUGAUAUGUCGGUCGCCGUUGCUUCUCACAUUGUUGAUAACGGUAAGAUUGGAAGCUGCCAGGAAAUCGGCGACUCCUUGGUGGGCGCCGACAGGGAAGGUACCGCUAACAACUGGGAAGUCGAGCACCAGAUAAUCGCCGAGGCGACUUUAGUCGUCGCACCCCAGCCGCACGUCACAAACCCCGACACUUUAGACAUCGCCGGCCACCACCUUAUCACCAAAACUCACAAGUCGCCAGAUGACCACACCAUGGCUAGCCACUCCAGCAAACAUAAGCUUGAAGAUGCGGACGACUACAGUCCAAAAAUUUCGAGCGCCGCUAAGCGUCGUCAAUCGGGUUCCAGGCCAUACACCCGCAGCCAAGCGGCGUCUGUCGUGCCCGCUGUGCCUUCCGCCUAUGUCUCUAGCAUUACUCCUUCAUCUUUCUCGGUCGGCUUACAUGACAAUAAGCCGACUCCUUCUGGCCCGCCGCCGGUUUGGUCCGAGAAGCGCGCUGCCCUGAAUGACGCCCUCCCAUACUUUAAAGCCCACCAGGGUGGAAUGUAUUCCACUAAGAAGGUCGCUAAGGGAAUACUUAUUGACAGUGAAGUCGGCGUUCGUGAUUCCUUUUCUAGCCAGGUGAUCAUUACGUCGAUUGGCGGCGGCCGUGUCCGCGAUAAUGAAACCAAGAAGAUGGUCAGGGUAGAGGACCACAACAGCGCAAGCAGAUACCUCCAGUGCUUUGAGAAUGCGAAAGCUGGGAACCUUUGUUUUCCUAUCGUUGCUGGUGCAGGGAAUAGACUUUGGCCGGUCAAACCGCCGCAUUACUAUACCGUGCUUGAUUACUUCCACGUCACGGAUAUAUGGUGUGAACUGGCUGAUGGAGGUCAAAAGAAAUCCGUAAAAACCUAUAUGAUCCGGUUAGAAAAGGUCGACUUGGCUUCCAAGUCUUGGUGGACGCCUAAUGGUUGUGAUGGCCACGACGCGGACGAAUACGAAAUCGGCGAGUAUUCUUGCUCAUCUAGAAUAUGCCAGGACUGCCAAGUAUCAAGCAAGGAAAUGUUCACGCAAGGCUGGGCCUGCAUGAACAAGGACUGUGCUCGGUUCUUUGAGUUUGAUCACUCCAUCGAUAUAGAUAAACUGACAUACGCCGAUGCCUUUCUCCGGGAGCGAACCGCCUAUACUGGUACGCAGGAAAACGGCCCGCUGGUACCAGAGCUACCCAUCAGUGACGAUAGUGAGUCCGGUAGCGAGGAGAGAUUCAAACAAGGAAUCGUAUGCCCUCAGUGCAGGUGCUGUUCAAGACGCAUCCACUGGAGUUAUUGGGACUGUGAAAACAAAGAGUGCGACUUCAGGUACAGGGUGGACCUGAAUAUAAUUACCCCGGAGCAGAUAAAGCUAGAGGAUGAAAACCUCAGACGCCAGAAACGCCCAGAGAAACUGGAUUUCGCCGACCCGAUCAUUAGGGUUGCAGAGUUUAGACUAGAAAAGGCCAUGAUAACGAUAUAUCUCAUGCCGGACGAGAACGGCGAGAACAUAGGUAUUGUUUCUCGGAUUAGGCCCGACCAGGAUGUUAUAGAGAGACAGGGCGGACUGAACGACAUAUUUCUUGCCCUUCAAGAAUUAGACAUGGGACUCAAGAGGCGACCCGCCAAGAAUCCUGGGGCUCGAGUCGAAGAAAUGACAUCGCAUUUCUCGGCCAAUUUUGGCGCACCGUACAAGUUCGGUGUAGUUGUUGAUGGCACGAUUGCCUUCAUAGAUGCCCCUAGCACAAUUCUCGAGAUAGUCUCUCGCAUCACUUGGGCGGGAAAGACGGCAGUAGAGGUCGGUACAGAUUUGAUCGAGAAAGAAAAUAUCCCUGUGGUUGAAGGAGCAAUCCCCAAAGAAUUUGAACCAUAUAAUGAGUUACUGGCUUUGGGAUAUUUCGAGAAGUCUAAGAUAAGCCCUCACGACGACGGCGAGAAGGAACUGGGGCCGAAUGUAGCAUCACUGUCACUUGGUUCGCCUUCGGUGAUGAAGUUUGCGCCGAAGAAAGGUGUGAACAUUGGUAGCGCUAAGGACAUAGAGAACAAGAACAGAAAGCCGGUUCUUUCUUUAUUGCUUGAGCACGGCGACAUGCUUGUUAUGCAUGGGGAAAUAAUUCAAAAACUAUAUCUGCAUGAGGUGAAUCCUUACGGCGGACGUCGAUUUGCCCUGACUUGUCGCAAGAUAAAGGAGGAGACAAUCCCGGAUGCGAAGCAGCGCGAGCUUGCCACUGUCAAUGGAAAAAUGCCGGAUGACUGGAACGGUAUUCGAUAUAACGGUCAGAUUGACCAAUUGCAGUCACGUACUACUGGGGAGGUCGUUGAGCGACCUGGCACCCCGAAGCUGAGUCGGCGUUCAGGCGAGCCUGACAGUACUGCACGUAACUAUAACGAAUCAGUUCCGGAUGAAGGGAUUUCCAACGACAAUGCUGUCCCUGAUUCGGCCGACCAAGGUCAAACGGCGGAGGAUGGCUUGAGUAAUGAGGAAGACGGAUUGGGCGCAACCUCUCCUCAACCCUCCACAGAAAGGUUCCUCGCUUUCAUGCAGCGGACCCAAAACGAGAUCAAUUCGGAUCCAACUUUGAUAUCCCAACUGCAGCCCAACGAGAUGCGAGAAGCACAUGAAUUCGGCAUGAAUCUAUGCAAAAUGACUUUUGCUGCCCAGGGGCCUUGAGCCACAAUACGAGCUUUAGGUCACUCGGUGGUUAUCGGCGUAUCUUUUUUUUUCUUCUUCAGCAUUAAACUCGGCGAUCGCAAAAUUGCAACUGUUUUUUAUCGGCGAUUUACGGUUGCUACUUUUUAUAUCCGCAAUCUACUUAAUGGCCUCUUCAUAGAGGUUAUUUUCGGGAAACGGCGGUGGCUAGAUUUCGAGGAUUAGAUUUGGAGGGGCUCGGGAGUGGUUAUAAAGGUUACUCCGGUGUCAACAUUUAUGC